AUGGAAACCGCACAGCAGACACCAGGGCCCGGCUCGCUCAGCUGGAGACUUAGCAGCCAUCCCAUCACCUUGCUCACUUUCCUCGGUUUUCGCAUAUCAAGUCUACUAGUCUACCUCUUCGGCCUCCUCUUCACCAAGAACUUCGUCCUCAUCUUCAUCAUCACGAUCCUCCUCCUCGCGACCGACUUCUACUACCUCAAGAACAUCGCAGGGCGGCGGCUCGUGGGACUGCGCUGGUGGAACGAGGUGGACACGGCGACGGGGGAUUCGAGGUGGGUGUUUGAGAGCGCAGACCCGGAGACUAGGGACAUCAAUGCGACGGAUAAGAGGUUCUUUUGGAUUGCGCUCUAUGCGCAGCCUGUGCUGUGGGUUGCGUUGGCCAUUGUUGCGCUCGUCAGCUUGGAGUUCAUUUGGUUGACGCUCGUCAGUAAGUGCACUCUUGCUUUUUUUGGGUUCUUCAUUGCCCUCGUCCUCACAAUCACCAACACACUCGCCUUCUCCCGCUGUGAUAAAUUCAGCCAGGCUACGGGAUUCGCUUCCGGUGCCUUCUACGGAUCGGGACUGGCAAGGAAUUUGGCCAGCGGCAUGGUCAGCAGCUGGUUCAGGAGAUGA